AUGAACUUGGGUGGACACUUUGGAGUUUGGGACUACAGCAUUUUCUUCACCAUGCUGCUGGCCUCUUCAGCGAUAGGCAUUUACUACGCCUUCAAGGCUGCGAAGAAGCCGCAGGUGCCUAAAUCAAUGGGAGUUGUCCCCGUCGCUAUGUCGCUGAUCAGCACGUCCAUAUCGCCCGUAGCUAUGCUAGGCAUUCCAGCCGAGAUGUACUUCUACGGCGUCGGGUUUAUCAUGAUACAAGUGGGACUGCUGUUCACCGUGCUCUUGACAAAUCGCAUCUACAUGCCCAUGUUUCACAACCUUGACGUUACCAGCGCUUUCCAGGGCGGCAUCAAGGCGAUUGUCAUGGCCGACGUGUUUAUGAGCUUCAUAAAGUAUGCCUCCAUCAUACUGCUUGCAGUGAAGGGGACCAUCGACGUCGGUGGCUGGCAGAUCGUCUACGAAAAGAACCGCGACUCUCAAAGACUUUAUUUGUUCGACUUUCACCCGGACCCGACGAUUCGUCAUUCAGCCUGGUCCCUGGUGAUCGGAGGCACAUUCCUGUGGCUCACCAUGUACGCCGUCAACCAAGGCUGGGUGCAGCGCUAUCUCAGCAUGCCGAACGUGGCCGCAGUUAGGAGAGCCAUGUGGGUGAACCUGAUGGGAGUGAUUGCACUUCAGAGUUUGCUGUGCUACGUGGGACUGGUGAUAUUCGCGCGAUACAGUGACUGCGAUCCCAUCAGCACAAGGCAGGUCACGGCGGCGGACCAGGUAAAUCCAUUUUUCAUCAUGGACAUACUGGGAAGUUACCCAGGUGUUCCUGGCCUCAUCGUGUCUGGAAUAUUCAGCGGAGGACUGAGCGGCGUAUCUGCAAGCCUCAGCUCCCUGGCGACAACGACACUUCAGGAUAUCGUAAAGACUUACAUCAAGCCGGACCUUGGAGAUAGGGCUGCUGGCAUCUUACUGAAAGUUCUUACUGUCGUGUUCGGAGUCAUCGUCGUCGCCAUGGUGUACGUGGCCCAGCAGAUGGGGGACGUCCUGCAGUCGGCGCUGUCCAUCCUUGGUAUCGUCGGUGGCCCUCUGGUCGGCGUCUACAGCCUCGGCAUCUUCGUCCCGUUCGCCAAUUCAAUUGGAGCCACUGCGGGCUUGGUGGCCGGUGUGGCGACGCUGUCCUGGAUCAGCGUGGGCGCCUAUCUCCGGAGGCCGCUUCACUGGCGACCGCCGAUCUCGGUCGACGGUUGCGUUCCACUGUACCUGAAUGCAACGGGCCUCGAGCAGCCGGUUCUUCCUGCUGCCAACGUCGACGCGCACAAACAGCUCAAGGGGCUGGCGCCUGAGGACCCAUACAAGAUCGCUAGCUCAGACAGACUAGUGGAACUACUCAAAAAUAACCUGCCAGGUGUGAACCCGGGCUUCUCGGUCGACAUCGAGGAGCUAUUCUACUCAAUUUCCCACAAGGACCUGUUCCAGGCGGUUCGCGAUUGCAUUGAAAUAGUAGCGUUCCAAAAUUCGAGUGGCGUCUCCGUAAGGGGUUCCUAG